ACGUUCCCACUAUGCGCCCAAAUCCGAAUCGAGUCCGUAACCGUAGCCCGUAACCCGUGGGUAACCCACUUCCCCCGGAGCUCCCGAAGUGAGCAAUUACCGACAACUCAUUUCACUAAACGACAAAUGGUUCACCCACCACCGCGCACUCUCCUCCGCCCGGGGAGCUGUCAAAAUCGCUGACAGCAGAAGUUUGCCAGAAAGCAUUUCUCCGCAAGGCCCCCUGCCCCGUUGGCCCCUUUGGCCCGUAAAAAGGCCCAUUAAAGCGAGAUCUCCGUGAUUUACUUAACCGAAAAAGAGAAUGAAACAGAGGCCCCGGGAAAACAACGAACGAAGACAAAGAGACAUAAACGUCCACCCACUUGUUGCUGUUAAAGUGUCGGUUACAAUGGCCGCGGCCCAUUGCAGUGGUAAAUGGUAGCAGUGGCAGUUGCCAGUACCUUCUGGUAGUAACUGCUGGGAACCUGCUCCCCCAAUCCCCAACUCCCAGCUCUCCAACUCCCCAGCUCUCCAACUCCCCCGCUCCCCCGGUAAACGGGCUGUAAAUAUUUGGCAUUUCGAAUGGGAGUGUGGAAUAGAGUCGUUGCUGGGUGAGGAUCACGUGUGGUUUCCCCAUCUCGGAGAUGUUACGGCUUCGGCAGCUCAAAUUACAGUUUGCACACCUCUAGGGAACAAAGUCACGGUGACUGGGAGACGGCCACUGCGACUGUGACUGGGGAAGUGGCGGCCGACGACCAACUGGCCCUGCAAUUGCACUCGGCACUUGGAGAAAUAAUAACCGGAAGGAGGUAAUAGCCUACUCUUAAAAAAUAUGUACCAUUUACGUAAGCUGAGAUCUUCAAGAAGUAUUCAGUUAUGGUAGAAGUAUUUUAAGCUUUGUUCCAUUUGGAUUUUUAGCACCUCAGAUUCGAUUAACUUUUUCCCUCAGUGCUUCAGGUGUGCUGCUAACUGGCACUUGGACGGAAAGAUCCACCAUAUAAACACCCCUCGUCCCCUCCGAUCUUCUUUUACUUCUUGCCUUUGAAACAGCGGAUCUCCCCAGAUUUCGAUGUCUAACGGUGCUCGUGGUUGUUCUCCUCCGCCUUCCCAGCGUGACAGGCGACACUUUUAUGUGUCACUGGGUUAGUUACGAUCUCCGGGGUCCCCGAGAGAAGAAGGAGACCUCCCCGGGGCACCAUUACUAUUUUCGGGCAAUUAAAGCCUGGCUUUCAACUAUAGCGUUCUCCUCACCGAAGACCAUCUGCCCCUCGGAAUACCUUUUCUAAUUACUCGCUCAUAGUUCGGGUGCAUUCUUCAUCCACUCAUUACACGCAUAUUAAAAUUUAUUGCAAAAUUUCUAUAGUCAUUUCUCAUAGAAGACGAGUAGCCGCCGUCCUCGCAGUAGGAGCUGCAAGGCGACCCGUCUCCUGAUGAGGAGCAGCCAGUCCCCCGCCCGUCCUCCGAUCCGAUCCUCCGGCAUUUUUCCACUGCCCAUUGCUUGUGCAGUAAUUAAAGCGAUUCAAUUUUCUGAUUAGUUCGCCGUGGCCAUGAACGCACUCCUCUGGGUUGCCAGGCGAGUUUUCAGGGAGUUGCCUAGAGCUGGAGAUGGAGACGGAGACCAGGGAACCAGGGGAGCGCACUUUAACUGGCCACUGGACUCGCGGACUGGACCAUAAAAUGCAAAGAGGCAGCAGCACUUGCUGUGAGAAAAUGUUGCAGCCAGCCGGCCAAGUGGUUCGGUUUUCCGUGUGGAAAUUCAAUUGAUUUUCAUGCUGAAUGCACAGCUUAAUGUGUACUUUAGUUGCGCUUAAUUUCCAUGUUAAGUGAUUUCCCGAAGUUUUCUCCAUUUAACUUUUAUUGUUCUCCUGUGAAUAUAUUAUUUGUAUGAACAUUUUGUACCUGGCACUUGGGCCAGGAAUUUUUUAAUCUACUGCAAAUUUAUCACAAAACCAUUAAAAGUUUAGUUUUAUGAAAAUAAAUCUGAUUUCCGACAUAAUGGUUGGGUAUAAAUACCUAUCAGCAGUGUGUGGGAAAAUAAGCUUUUCAAAUAGCCAGUAUUUCCAUGAAAAGUCUCCCUUUGAUCAGAUUUCCUCUGAAAUUCUUGCUUUCAUGGCGUUUGACUGAAUGACAUUUUUGUGCGCUCGCCUCGUUGCAUUUCAAUUCACCGAAAUCGCAAAAUUGCUCCGAUCGAGUCACCUAAAGCGGCUCCACAAUUGCGUAACCCCGUCCAGAGCGGUCGACUCUUGGCUUUGCCUUUUCCGACUUCAUUCAGGCUCCGUCCAAAAGCAACUCAUUCAUUAAAAAAACUGUGAAAAACUCAAUCAAUAGCAGAGAUGCCGAUGCGUUGCUAAAUUGCCAUUGCCAUUUUCCCGUCCGAAAAAUUGAAAUGCCGAUAGCUCAAAUUUCCAGCGACACUUUUGGCCGCCUGAAAAGUGGAUCUUGCCUCUUGGUUCAUUUCCAAAUUUGAGUUCGAGGCAAGCAAUAAAUUACGCACACUUAGCCAUGGCUCGGUUUUGGAAUUGGUUUCGGUUUCGGUAUCGGUUUGUUUUUCUAUCCCAGCAGACUAAUGAGCACUUUGGCAUUUGGCCUGGCCUAUCGGGGUCUUUAAUAAGCGCUUGACUUGGCCCACGUCCCUCCCAUCGAGGAGAAUUUAUUCAGCAGCUUUUUGGGGCGUCCCGAAAAAUGGAAAAAUCCACCAAUCCACCGAUCCACCGAUCGACAGCAGCAACGGCCCAGACAACUUUUAAUAAUUAAUUGAAAAUAAUAAAUUUAUGACAGAUUUUCGACUGGCGUUUGGCAGUCCCCCUUUUUUCCGCAUGUGAGUUGGUUACUAAUAAUGGCUAACGGACUUUGUGGAUUAACAACGAAAUAGGCGAACACAUUUUUAAUUAAAGCAUUUGUUCGAUUCGGCGGGACAACCUGCUGUUUUCCACUCGAUCCUGUCGGGCCUCCCAUUCUAAAUAUCUAGUGGGAGUUCCGAAUGGGGAAGAGUGGCCGCAAUUUAUGUGGGGGUUGUUCAACGGUUUUCCGUGCAUAGAUCACAGAAACGGCGAACAUCCAGCAGAAAUGCGGUAUCUGUGCUGAGAGAUCGUGGCUUGAAGUUAGCUUCAUUCUGAUAUAAAAGCUUGCAUCUAGCACGCAGUCAAACGCAAUUAGCCCUUAGGCACACACUCACUCACUUUCUUUUAAUAUGAAUAAUUUCGGAGUGAAACUGGGACUUUUAUUCGCUCAUUUGAAUACCGCUUUCCGACUCGGGCUUCUUUGUGAGUCGAGUCGUAAUUUAGGUUUGAUUUCGGUUUAUUAAUCAAUAGAUGAGAAACCCUAAGUCGGAAUGUCCAAAUGUUUCUGUUGGCAUUUAGGGCCAAUUAAUAUUCUCUCUUUCUCUCCGUCGAUCUCACUGGGCUUUAUCUCAACGCAAUUAAUAGCAGAUUAUGCAAAUUACUUUGAGAUAAAUGAUAAUAUGUUGCGUACACGUUGCCGUUUGUUUUACAUUGGUGCUCACUGAUCCCAGAGUUUAUUGGUCAACAUUUUGAUUUAACAUUCAUUCUCUGUGUGCUGCUCUUGAGGAACAAGGCAACUUAUCUGCCUCUCUGAAUCUAGUGCAAAAUUGAAAAUUGUCUUGGGCCGCAUUAGUCGAUUAGGCGCGUAAAUCGAUAAGCGAAAAGCAAUUUCCGAUUGGGCUGAGUUAUGUGCCCCACGAUACGUAUAUAGUAUGUGAGUUGGUUGCGGGGGGUGGAGUGCAAUUUGCAAGACCAAGGUGCUAGAUGACCAUCAUCGGCCAACUGGAAGUGGAAGUGCACCUUGGCGGGGAAAGGCAGGAGCAGCAGCUGCUGUCGAAAACCGAGGCAGGGCGAAUAUUAUAGAAUUAAUUAAAGAUGGUAAAGAUAAUUGAUUAGGCACAGGCGAUUAAUUCAUGCCUCGUUUGCCGCUCGAUCAGAUAGUAACGAGUGAAAUGCGGCGGACUCAAGAAUGCGAACGAGUCUCUUCAAAUCCAUUCUCCAAGGAGAGCGAAUUCAUUACUAGUAAUAUGGACUGAUUAAAGCUGUUAUAUUACAGUAAUUACAGAACUACUACUCCUAUAGUUCGACGAGCAAUAGGUUCGUUAGUUCACCUGCCAAACUUCGAAUUCCUUGCUCGGCGGCCAUCUUGUCUUGCAACUGUUUAACUAUGCAGCUUCCUGUCCAUUUCCCCUCCCCUCCGACUUCUUUCCGACUGGCUCAUAAAAUUUUGCAAAUUAUUUGCUGCCUUUUUGUUCUGUUUUUAGCAAUCGGCAAACUCCACUGGGCGAAAGGGGGACACAGCGCUCCGAAAGUUAUGAGACGCUUUGAGCAACUUGUGUGGCUCCCGGGGAAAAGACUGGGGGCCGGGGGAAAUGCAUUUCCAUCGGCAGUGUUGUUAUCUUUUUACUGCAAAUUAUUAGUUUUUUUUACCGCUGACGACAAAAAAUGGACAGCGGCCGCCAAGAAGAUAAAGAGCCGGGGGAAUCGGGCCGCAGGAGCAGCCAACAAAAGAAAUAAAGAGCCAAAGACGAUAAUUAAAACUCUAAUUGUAUGCGCUACCGCCGACGACUGGCCAGAGUCGUAAACUUGGCAAAAAGAAGAUCCCGAGGACCCCGAGGAAUCCGAGAGCGGGACCUUGCACCAUGUUGCACGCUGUGAGCGGACAAACAUUGUCAGCCUGUCAGGUGGCCAGAUCCCAAAGAUGCCGGGGCUACAAAGUAGUCAGCCCGCUCCGAGCUCGGCUUUAACCUUAAUUUCAAGAAGUGCCUCAGAGAGCGCAAGCUGGCAGCCGAAAAAUGAGUCAGUUAACAUGGGCUUGCUUAAUAGAUAUUUUAAGCAGUUUCUUUUUAUACCUGUGAGUACUCCCAACAGACCAAUUUCGAAGUUUAUGCAUUUUAUUUACGACAAGCUGGCAUCAAAAGAAACCGCAAUCGACUGAUUUUUAAGUAGUGAGAUUGUGCCUUGUAAAAAUAUAUUUUUAUUCUGCAAACCUCCAAUAUAUUGAAACCUAUAAAAUCGAUGAGGCAUCUUUUAAUUUGAGUACUGCAAAUAAUAAAGUAUGCAUGUUUUACGAUGGGAAUAAAACAUCCUUCGAAAUGCAUUUGGGCGAUGGAUUAGUGCUAAUGGAAAACAUAUUCCGAAGCGGUAGUCAGUCUUGGGCCAGAAUAGAAAUGUCUAUUUUUACCUAAUCGAUGUUGCUGUGGUUCGAUUAGCCAAACCGCAGAAUGCGUUCUGUCUGGGUCUGUCGACACCCAAGAAGAGGUUGAGGGGGCUUAAGCCGCUUUGAUCUUCUGCAGCCGAGCGCAAAAUCAAUUCGUCUAUUCCCUUCUAAGGGCACUGUUGACGCUAGUAUUAAUUUAAAUAUAACGAAGUUUUUAGAAUAAGAUAUCAAAAGUGUCACCCCCCUUAAUUUUUAUUUUUAAAACUAUCGAUAUAAGGUUGCCACUCUUACUGACUAUAUGAUUAUAUGUAUACCUAUUCGAGAAGUCACAUGAAGAACAUCGACAAGAACAGACGCCAAAAGUUUUCUCUUUAAUUUUGUUUAAAUAAAUUCAUUUCAAUCGCUAAAGAGUGUGUUAAAUUACUAGACGAGUGGAGUGACAUAUAUUGCGGUGGCUUAUUGACCAUAAGUCGGUCUUUCGAGCCCCAUAACCCUACUUGGUGUAACCCUUAAACAGGUAACUGCCCCAACAAAUGGUCUUUCGAGCCCCAUAACCCUACUUGGUGUAACCCUUAAACAGGUAACUGCCCCAACAAAUGGUCCUUCUUUGCCUCUUGGACGGCACAUGGAUUACAUAAAUCUAAUGCCAAAUUAACUGGAAAAAAAUUGCACUACAUGUGUAUGUAUUGCCAAGCGUAAUUUUGGACAUACACAUGCAAAGCUUCACACAUAUAUUUUGACGACGACUAGCUUGUGUGUGUGAAUAGUGCAAUUACAAUCAUAAAUGAUGCCGACGACACGCUCAAACAAACAAAAUCAACCCAAUACCAAUCUGCCAGAGGGUAUAGUAGACACGCCACGACCAUGCAGUUCUGCAAAAAACCAACUGGACAUGUCUAAGGUUACGGUUGUGCCACGCGCAACAUCAACCCAGAAUGUUCCACGUUCCACGGAUUCACGUUCUAGCUACAGCCACCACUCUCAACGAUCAGUCAAGGCUCAACGACUACAGCUUCAAAUGGAUCACCUUAAAAAACAACAACGACUACAAGUUCAACGGAUGCAGCUAGAAUAUGAGGAAAAGCAGUUAGAACUGGAGCUAAAAAUACAAAUGACGGAAAUCGAAGACGAACAGGAUGACAUCGAAAACGACCAGGAUGACCUCGAAGACGACCAGGAUGACAACCAAGACUACCGGAAUGACAACGAAGACGACUACAAUAACGGCAACAACAGCGAUCGACAAGCUGCAACCAGGACACGUGAGUGGGUUAAGUCUUCUCAACAAAAGCAACCGGAAAAAGGUCAGACAUACACUGAUGAUUUCAACUCGAACGCGAUUACUAGUUUCAUGGCUAGGCAAACAAUUAAACAGGAGCUUCCUACAUUUAGUGGUGACCCUUUAGAAUGGCCAAUUUUUAUUGCCGAAUAUGAAAAUAGCUCUCGAAUUUUUAAUUUUAGUGACUAUGAAAAUAUUAAUCGCCUACGAAGAGCACUGACAGGACGUGCCAAAGAAUGUGUACAGUCACUUCUUUUAGUACCACACAAUGUACAUGAUAUAAUUGGUAUAUUAAGAAACCGAUUCGGAGAUUGUAAUCACAUCGUAAAGGUGAUGAUAGAUAAAAUUCGAAACUUUCCUGUAAUCAAAGAGGACAAAUAUGACAAGCUUAUCACAUUUUUUGAUAUGAUUACAAAUCUCAUACAAACAUUAUUGUCUUUCAAUGAUAUCGAUCAAAUUCGUAAUAAUUUGCUAUUUGAGGAAAUCCUUGAAAAGGUUCAGGUGUCUCAGCGAGUUGCUUUUAUAAAACAUUAUCAAAAAAUCAAGUCUGAUGAACCAAAAAUUAUUGUGUUCCACGAAUGGUUAGGUCAAACUAUAACAGCAGCAACAGCUCUCGGAUUCGGUCAAAACAGAUCUAAAGACACCACAUUAAUAGUCUCAAAUCCAGUCAAAGUGGUUGAAAAAACGAAAUGUUAUUGCAACUAUUGUAAGUCUACUGAUCAUUUCAUAACAGAUUGUCCAAAGUUUAAAACCUUGACUGUCGACAAGCGUUGGGAACACACUUCUCAUAACAAAUUGUGUAUUUCUUGUCUAGGUAGAAAUCAUGUUCUGAAAGACUGCAAACGCAAAAAGACUUGUAAAGCAGCAAACUGCAAUUUCAAUCACAAUUUUUUAUUGCAUAAAGACAAGAUCAACAAAUCCAACACUUCUCUUGAAAUACCUAAAAAUCCUGACCAAGACAAACCAAAACCUGACCAAGACAAACCAAACCCUGACACGAACUACAACAUUAAUUUUGGAGGUAACAAAGUACUACUAAAAGUCAUACCAGUUACACUUAUAGGUCCACAAAAAUCAAUCGACACUUAUGCCUUACUUGACGAAGCUUCGACAAUUUCAUUGAUAGAUGAACAACUUGCAACUGACCUGCAAUUAGAGGGACCGAUUAGCCCUUUAAAGAUGCAGUGGACUAAUAAUGAAAUAUACGAACAAGCAAACUCAAAGGUAGUCAGUGUGGGGAUCAAAGGCAAGGAACAGAUGUCCAAGGUAUUUACAUUACGGAAAGUAAAAACGGUAGCAUGCCUCAAUUUACCACUGCAGACCCUCUCAACAGGCGAUAUGUCUCAGACAUACAAGUUCUUGAAAGAUUUUUCCUUUUGCUCAUACUAUAAUGCACAUCCAAAAAUCUUGAUCGGUCAAGACAAUUGGUCGAUCAUUGUAUCUCGCAAACUGAAAUAUCAAUCAUUUCAAGGACCCGUUGCUAGUAAAACUUUGCUAGGCUGGGUUGUUCACGGUACAGUAGGAAUGAUAAGGGAAAUUGCGGACACAAAUUAUUCAUUUCAUGUACACGAAUGCAAGGGGUGCGACAAUCCAAAUGAUGACCUAGACAUUUUACAUAAUUUGGUUAAAUCCUAUUGGUCUAUUGAGAACGAAUUACUGACACCUCACGACAUUCCAACAUCCCUUGACGACAAAAGAUGUCUGGAAAUUGUUAACAAGACCCUCAAACGUGUAGGUGACGGAUUUCAAUGUGGACUGUUUUGGAAAAGUGAUGACGUUAAAUUACCUGAAAGUUAUAAAAAUGCAUAUUCCAGAUUAUUGUUAUGUGAAAGAAAAAUAGACAAAAACCCGGAAUAUGGCAAGAAAUAUAACGAAACCUUAGACUCAUAUAUACAGAAAGGAUAUUUAAAGAAAAUUAAUUUAGAAGAAAAAAAUAUUAUCACACCUUUGACCUACUAUUUACCACAUUUUGGUGUUCUAAAUAGCAAUAAGCCAGACAAACUAAGAAUAGUUUUUGACGCAGCCUCAAAAAGCCAUGGUUAUUGUCUUAAUGAUUUUCUUUUGCCAGGUCCAGACCUAUACAGUCAACUGUCUUCAGUUCUGAUGAACUUUCGUGAACAUAAAAUUGCCUUUGUCGGAGACAUUAAAGAGAUGUUUCUCCAAAUUAAAGUACAGGAGACAGAUCGUUGUGCACAGAGAAUUUUAUGGCGAGGAAGUAACCGACAUUCCGAACCAGACGUGUACGAAAUACAGGUACUAUUUUUUGGCGCUAAAUGUAGCCCAAGCAUCGCCCAACAGGUCAGAAACAGAAAUGCCUUUGAAUUUAAAAAUGACUACGGCCAAGCUUGUGAUGAUAUAAUAGCAAAGCAUUACAUGGACGACUAUUUGGGUGGAGCCAACGAUAUUGGUUCAGCUGUAAAAUUGAUUAAGGACGUAAUUUAUGUACACAAGGCAGGUGGUUUCGACAUGCGAAAUUGGAUUUCAAAUUCUCCAGAAGUUUUAAAUCAGAUCACAGACAACAUUCCAUCAAAUCAAAUCAAUAAAAAGAACUUAACAGAAGAGAGAGUUUUAGGACUGAUUUGGGAUCAUAAAAAAGACGUAUUUACAUAUAAUUUAAAAUUUUCUAAGUCUCAGUUUGAACUUCUUAAUAACGUUAGGCGACCAACUAAGCGAGACAUUUUAAAAAUAACUAUGACCAUUUUCGAUCCUUUAGGCUAUCUUUCCAACAUAUUAAUAUCUAACAAAAUUCUGUUACAAGCAAUUUGGGAUAGCGGAAUUCAUUGGGAUGACUUUAUUACAGAUGAGCAGUUUGAUAUUUGGAAAAUUUUAAGUAAUAAUCUAAACAAAAUAAAUGAUAUUUACAUUCCCAGACAGAUGACUACAUUGCCCAUAAACCUUUGCAAUGUCCAACUUCAUAUAUUUUGUGACGCUUCAAAAUAUGCAUAUGCCACGUGUGCAUAUUUACGCUUUGAAUACAAAGACCAAGUCGAGUGCACUUUAAUAUCAGCCAAGUCCCGUGUAGCACCACUUAAACCAAUGUCUAUUCCAAGACUUGAAUUGCAAGGAUCCCUGCUAGGCGCUAGACUAAGUAAAUCUAUAAAAGAAACACUGAAUGUGAAAAUAGACGCAACCUUUAUGUGGACAGAUUCAGAAAUUGUUUUAUACUGGCUAAAAACUAGCAGCAAAAGAUUUAAAACCUUUGUGGCUCAGCGAUUGGGAGAAAUACAAGAAUUGACAAAUUCCAGUGAGUGGCGACACGUACCCUCAAAAGUCAACCCUGCUGAUAAAGCCACAAAGAUUUCAUCCUUUGACUCUUCAGCAAAUGAAUUAUGGUUGGUAGGACCGCCAUUUCUAAGAAAGACUCAGGACCAGUGGCCAUUACCCAAAAAGACUCUCAGUUUAGAUGACUCUGAUGACAAGGACAAAGAAUACGUAAAUCUGACUACUGUACAAAAACACUUAUUUAUUUUACCUGACGUAAUGAGGUUCUCCAAUUGGAUGCGAUUUUUAAGAACGACAGCAUGGAUUUUGAGAUAUUUAACCAGACUUAGACCAAAUAAUAAAAUCACAUUUUGUAAUGAGUUGACAGCCGCAGAAAUUUCCAAAGCAGAAAUAAUAAUUUUCCGAACCGUUCAACAAGAUGCACACCAUCAGGAAAUUGAAAAUAUAAAACGAAAUAAACCAGUGUCACCUUCUAGCGGUUUGAAUUGUUUACCAUUGUUUUUGUGUAGUGAUGAUUUGUUAAGACUAAGAGGAAGGCUAAAUAACUUACGCGACCAAGAGAUGAGUGUUGAUUCAAAAAACCCUAUUAUUCUUUGUAAAGAUCAUCCUAUUACGAAAUUACUUGUUCAUUACUAUCACGUACAAAAUUGCCAUAUAGGUACAGAAACUGUAAUUGCCAAUAUCCGUCAAAGAUUUUGGAUUACAAAAUGUAGAAAUACGGUCAAAAAUGUCAUCCGAAAUUGCCAGCACUGUAAAAACAGAAAAGCGAAGCCACAAGCUCCUUUGAUGGGUCAACUGCCAACUUGUCGUGUAGUGCCCACGGAGAGAGCAUUUUUGAAAGUAGGAAUUGACUAUUUUGGGCCAAUUGAAAUAACUCAAAACAGAAGUCAUAUUAAACGGUACGGAGUAAUUUUCACAUGCAUGACAACACGAGCAGUCCAUCUUGAGAUUGCAGAGGAUCUUUCUUGUAAUGCAUUCAUGCAUGUCUUCAGGCAAUUUGGUUGUAGAAGAGGAUUUCCGACAGAACUAUACUCGGACAACGGAACCAAUUUUAGGCGAGCAGACAAAGAUAUUAGAGAAAUUAUGGAAGAAUGGUCAAAUGACAAACUUACUCAGUUUUUAACAACAAAAGGUUGCAACUGGUAUUUUAAUCCACCCUUAUCUCCUCACAUGGGAGGAGCCUGGGAAAGACUCAUACAGUCAGUUAAAAAAUAUUUGUUAGUUUUAUUAAAAGAAAGAUAUCCUAGAGAGUAUACUUUAAAAACUUUAUUUUGUGAAAUCGAAUUUAUGAUGAAUAGUAGACCACUUUUGUUUAUUCCUUCUGACUCUCUAUCUGAACCAUUGACGCCAAACGAUUUGUUAAUUGGACCCAACUAUCGAGAAUCCUUUUACACCGAUACCAUUGACAGUGAUUUAAGAUUAUUAAAUAUGUGGAAGGCAUCCCAACGACUUGCUGAUAUAUUUUGGUUAAAAUGGAAAAAAGAAUAUAGACAAUUCCUUAUUUGUAGUCGUAAGUGGACAAAAGACAAUAGUGCCUUAAAAGAAAAUGAUAUAGUAUUAAUUAUGGAACCUGAUUUACCCAGAAAUGUUUGGCCAAAAGGAAAGAUUGUCAAAACCUAUCCAUCAAAGGAUGGUCGAGUACGUAUAGUUGAUGUAAGAAUUAAAGAUAAUAUUUAUAAGAGACCUACUGUAAAACUAAUUAGACUAGAUGUAAAACCGAAAGAUUUGUAAACUCUAAGUAUUGCCGUCGUUUAUAUGAUCCACGACACCAAUACUUGGGAGGAGGAUGUUGACGCUAGUAUUAAUUUAAAUAUAACGAAGUUUUUAGAAUAAGAUAUCAAAAGUGUCACCCCCCUUAAUUUUUAUUUUUAAAACUAUCGAUAUAAGGUUGCCACUCUUACUGACUAUAUGAUUAUAUGUAUACCUAUUCGAGAAGUCACAUGAAGAACAUCGACAAGAACAGACGCCAAAAGUUUUCUCUUUAAUUUUGUUUAAAUAAAUUCAUUUCAAUCGCUAAAGAGUGUGUUAAAUUACUAGACGAGUGGAGUGACAUAUAUUGCGGUGGCUUAUUGACCAUAAGUCGGUCUUUCGAGCCCCAUAACCCUACUUGGUGUAACCCUUAAACAGGUAACUGCCCCAACAGGCACUCGGUGGAGCCCUUGGUGGGGAGAAGGGGCGAAGGGGAUGAGGUGGAUGAGGUGGACAAGGGGGGAGCUCCGCAGCCACUUGUCUCGUUUAGCAUUACAUGCAAGCUCACAUUGUGAGUUUCGCGGUUAGCUCUGCGAUGCGAGCACUUUUGGUUUCGACGCCCUGGGUUUCUUCGCCGCUCGACACUGGAUCGUCUGGCCUUAUUUCCGAAUCCGUAUUCGAAUCUGAAUCCGAAUCGAGAAUGGAGAAACCCGAUGCUGUCUGGGGCAGACAAGUGGAACGGUCUCCGAGUCUUGAAGUCGGACAAAAGCCCCGAUUGAUGGACACAAUCGCAGACGGCGGGUGAAAUUCCCCUGGCUCUAAUUACGACCUCAAAUUGUCUUGUUUCGCAUCGUGUUUGAUUAUAUUUUUUGGCCGGCCAUUUGUACCCACACAAUCGGCUGGCCGGAGAAGAACCCGUCAUUAUGGCGGCCGAAUUUCUCUACUUUGCGGAGAUAAAAUAAUAAUUAUAUCGCUCGCCCUCGGUUUGUUCUCGGGGCCCUCGUCUUUUGGGCUCCCCAAUCCGGGGUAAUUUCAGCUUUAAUGCCCUGCGCCUUCCUGCAUUUGUUUACAGCAUGAUUAUUGCGUUGAUGAAGCUAAUUAUAUGGUGCAAGAGGAGACGCCGCAGUGGGAAAGAAGUUGCCCCGAGGGGAGCUGAAACGAGGUUGUCAGGCGAUUUGAAAUACGAGGCAGACGAUUGCAUAACCUCGCAGCGGGAGAGCGGGAGAACCGGAGAACGGGAUGCCCAUCCCCGAUCCGCGAUCGGAUCACACGUAUAUAUCUAUCCGCUGUCCAGUUGCGUUUCCAUAUGCACCGAUCGAGACGGGCGAUAGAAAACGAGCCACAACUCUAUCGAUGGCAAUCGAUGUCACAUUUAAUUCAUUGUUAUGGCCAUCAUAAAUCUACCCCACAGGGGCGUGGGUUUCCAGGGGGAUCGCGCCGCUGCUAUUGCUGCUAUUAUGGCCGGCCUUAAUAAAAAUGUCAACGCAGCCAUAAAGCGGGCCGGCGGCCGAGCCCCGUUGCCAGUGCAACUGCCAUUGGGGCAGCUCUAUUUCCCUCCUCCGGUCUCGAAUUCCAGCCUGCUAUCUCGGGUGGAUCUCGGGUGGAUCUCGCAGGCAACCCGGUCCUCCCGCCAUCCGCUGUCAUUAGCAGAGUUUAAGGUGCACAUAAAAGCUCACGCACAGAUGCGUUUCGACUCUCUGCCUGGUGAAGUGUGUGCAACCAGCUGUGGCAUUGGAUUUAGUGCACCGGGAAAAAGGGGAGCGUUGGUAGUUAUUGGUGACUCAUAUCUGAAUUUUACAUUACACAGAUGAGCAGUUUCUCCCAGUGCAGUAACCUGACCAAAUCCGAUUCCCCUCCCUCUUGCCCGAUAAAGUCCGAAUAAGUCCCUAAUCUCCUCAGGAGAGUUAAUUCCUCGCUGGUUUCCAGCCCCUAGAAUCUCGGAUAAGCUGCAUGCAGAUGGGCUGGCGGUGCAUCCCGUGGAGGGAAAGAGGGUGAGAGGGUGGGCUGGUGGACUGGUGACCCCGGUCGAACCGCUUUUGAGUGACGUGCCACAGCGAGUGAACAUGGCACUAAUAUGGCUGCAGGGGGCGUGGCCGAUCUGAUUCAGUUUCUGCGGCAGUGGCUGCCUCUUCUGAUCCGCUGAUGCUCUUGAGUUUCGUGUCGGCAUCGUUAGCUCACAUCAUUUGUUUGACAUGUUGCUUUGUGUGUUGACAAACGUCUUGACAGGCGACAGGCAGCCACAGAACAACAAACAACGGCCAGCGAGCAACAAACAAGCAACAAGCAACAAAGGCAGCCAGCUGAAUACCAAACAAAGGGGCGGAUAAAGAAGAAUUACAGUCACCCAAUACUCACGCCUAGUUGAGCAAUUCAUAUGGAUUCAUCGCCAGCGUGGACUUACCUGCAAUGAGAGAAAAAAAGAGGUUAGGAGAUAAUGUUUCUGAACUGCAUGGAUUGAAAGAGAAGACACAACCCGAAGUGGUUUUAUG